AUGAAGACGGCGCGGAAGGCGAAGAAGGAAGCCCCUGCCCCUCCUAAAGCUGAAGCCAAAGCAAAGGCUUUGAAGGCCAAGAAAGCAGUGUUGAAAGGUGUCCACAGCCAGAAGAAAAAGAAGAUCCGGAUGUCACCCACCUUCCGGCGGCCCAAAACACUGCGGCUCUGGAGGCAGCCCAAAUAUCCUCGGGAGAGCGCCCCUAGGAGAAACAAACUUGACCACUAUGCCACCAUCAAAUUCCCCCUCACCACCGAGUCAGCCAUGAAGAAAAUAGAAGACAACAACACACUGGUAUUCAUUGUGGAUGUCAAGGCCAACAAGCACCAAAUUAAACAGGCUGUGAAGAAGCUCUAUGACAUUGAUGUGGCUAAGGUCAAUACUCUGAUCAGGCCUGAUGGAGAGAAGAAAACAUAUGUUCGACUGGCUCCUGACUAUGAUGCUUUGGAUGUUGCCAACAAAAUUGGGAUCAUCUAAACUGAGUCCAGCUGGCCAAUUCCAAAUAUAAA